UUUCACUUCUGCUCUCAUGAGCUGCGUGUUGCAUGGACGGUGAACAGAAGGUCUCAUGUGGUGGUCUCUUUUUAUUCCUGGGGUGGGACUGAGGCUGAGGUUUCGUGUGCUGUCUUGACAUUCAAGGGGGAAGAGCGGAGCAGAGGGCUCUCCCAGCGUCUGGUGACACCAUGGACCCAGGAGUCCUGGCUGGGAAGAGCUACCUGGACCUCCUGUUCAGUGACGUCGACAUACCGGUUCUGUAUAAGGAGGUAGUGGAAACAGAACCUGACGAUCAGGAAAACAACCCUGAUGUCUUUUACACAGUGGAAAGUAAUGAGAGUGGAGAACAAGUCUGCCUGUGUGCGGACACUGGAGAGGCCUAUGAUAAAAUAGCUUCCUUGGCUGAAUACGUGCUAAAAGACCAGGAAGAAAAACCUGAGGAAGAUCUGUUCGGAAACCUGGUUCUAGACGAGGCAGCGGCUGAAACCCCAGGGGAGGCCAAGAAACGGGGCAGCUGCUCUGAUGCUCCAGAGCCCAAACGCAGGAAACUCGGGCAUCCACCGGCUCUCUGCGUCGUUAGCGGCAACUGCAUCACCAUCCCUCUGAGCUGCUCCCCAGCCGACACCCUGUCGUCGCCCGACUUCCACAUGGAGUUUUCGGUGACCACCAUCAGCCCUGCCUUCGAGCCUCUUGCAAGCCCCAACCUGUACUACUCCCCACUCGGCGUGGAAGAUAUUCAGGUAGUCUUUGCCUUCGAGCCUCUCAAUCAGUGUGUGAAUAUUCUUGCUGAGCCAGAAGGUGCCAUCAUUAAUGCCUGUCCUGAUGUGGUUGUGGCUGACAAAGGACCUGAAGCCCCACCUGUUCAUUCAGAGCAAGCUCACAAACGACUAGGCCCUGUGGACGCGUUUCGCAGGAGGCUAAAAGACCACUUCCGGGAGACGUGCCAAUUUGUGCCUAUGGAGCGAGAGUUCGCCCUGGACUGCCUUUACAUCGAACGUGACAUGGCGCUGUGCCUCGUGGAAAGCAAGAACGCCGGGAAAAAUGCUGACCCCAGGCCCUGCGACCUCAGAGAGAAAGGGAAGGUUGCAGUGGGGAGCAGUCAGCUCUUUCAGCUGCCUUGGAAGAACAACCUGGGAACCAAAGUCGUCGUCGUCUUGGGGAAAGCCGGAAUGGGGAAAAGCCUGCUGGUCCAAAAGAUCUGCCUGGACUGGUCCAGAGGCCAUUUGCCCAAUUACAGCUUCCUUUUCCGAUUUGAUUGCCGGAUGCUGGGCCUCCUCCCUGAAAACCGCUACAGCCUCAAGCAGCUGCUGUUUGAGCUCUCCACUGGACCUCAAGAUGGCGGUGAUGACAUCUACAGGCACAUUCUGCGGUACCCAGAAAAGGUCCUCCUCAUUUUUGAUGGUUUUGAAGAGCUGAAGGACCGGGAUGGCUUAACAUCUGGUGUAGACAGCCUGCCCCACAAGGAGCCCUUGGGAAUUGGAGGCAUCCUGGCCAGAAUCUUCCAGAAGAAGAUUCUCAGCGGCUGCACGGUGCUUCUAACCUCCCGCCCCAAGGACAAGUUGCAGCAGCAUUUAUCGAAGAUGGACGCGACGCUCGAACUGGCAGGGUUCUCCACGCAGCAAGCCGAGUCGUACAUUGCUCAGUACUUUGAAGGAUUGCCCUGCUGUGGCGAGGCAGUGGCUUUGAUCAGGAAAUGCCCUUACCUCUUCAGCCAUUGCUACACUCCUGACCUGUGUCGCUUCGUUUGCGAGGCUGUGUCUGAAGCGGGGUGCAAGGAACUGCCUUCCACGCUUACCGGCCUGUUGGCCAAGUUCCUACUCCAAAAACUGAUGCGUUCAUCCCCUAAGCACCAGAAUAUUGCCGCUUUAGCUCAGGUGGCCUGGUCUUCCGGACAGGACCACCGGAACACACUCAUGAGCUACAACUUUCCGUCCACAGAAGUGAAGGAGUUUGCUCUCAGCUGCGGACUGGUGGUCCCCCUCGCGUUCCCAAAAGACUCCAGCAGCAGGAAAGAGGAAUGUGGCUAUGUGUUCCCUAGCUUCGUGGUCCAAAAUUUCCUGGUUGCGCUGCAUUUGGUGCUGGCUAAAGAGAUCAAGGACAAAACGCUCACCAAAUACCUUCGGCUGCUCACCAAAUCCAAGAAGUUUCUCUUCUCUUGGAGCUUGGUACCUUGUUUUUUGUCUGGCUUGCUAUUUUUAGGGGGCAAACUGAGAUCCUCUGUCCUUUUCAGAGAGGAGGGAGAGAUGGACACCAAGAGAAUGGCCGGCAAGAAGCAGAGAAGCUUCUCAAACUACGUCCGGAAACUCAUGGAGCGUGAUUUCCCUCCGGACAAGCUCCUUGAUUUUCUCCACUGUCUCUAUGAAACGGGAGAUCGUUGCCUUUUGAAGCAAAUGGCUUUAGAACUCAAGUGUGAGCUCUCUUUCUCGGGGUUUGCUCUCACCCCACCCAACGUCUACAUUCUCCACUCUGUCAUCAAACAAGCCAAAAGGAAGUUUGCUUUAGAUUUGAGAGGGAGCGCCAUUGACUCAGAAGGAUUCAGACAGCUGGUCACUCUGGAGAAUGUUGCAUCAUUCAGGGCAUCCCUCAGCGAUGCCGUCCGGCUCUGGAGGCAGUUGUGGGAAGCUGAGGAAAGAGACCAACUGCAAUCCGCCAUUGAGAAGUUUAUUGUUGUUCCGUUCAAAGCCAAGACGAUGAGGGACAUUGAUGACCUCUGUGCUCUUGUCGACAUGCAGGAGAAAAUGACGCAAAGCGAGGCAGAUUCAGCUGGCGGUAGCGCCCGCCUCAUCCCUGCCGUCGCAGAGCUUAAACAAUUAGAAUUCACAUUGGGUCGUGUCUGUGGCUUGACAGGCUUCCGAAAGCUGGUGAGGAUCCUGGGCACGUUUCCAGCGCUGCAACAUUUGGACUUGGAUUCUCCCAAUGAGAACGAGAUCGGAGACGAAGGAGUGACUAGCCUCAGCAGCGUCCUUCCUCACUUGUCCUACCUGGAAGCGUUAAACCUGUCGGGGAACAAAAUAACAGACCUGGGGGCAGAGAAGUUAGCCAAAGCGCUUCCGUCGCUGCGUUCGCUGAAGACACUAAGCUUGUACAAUAACAACAUUGGAGAUGCUGGGGCAGAACAUUUUGCCAGAGUGCUCCCAGAGACAGCUUCUUUGAGAGUGCUUGACAUCCAUUGCAACAAGAUAACGGCUGCUGGAGCUCAGCACCUGACGGACAGCUUGAGGAAAUGUCCCCGCGUCCAGAGUGUGGCGCUAUGGAAUCCCACUAUUCCCCAUGGACUUCUAGAUCAUCUGCAGCAGCUGGAUUCUCGAAUCAGAUUACUCUAGAUCCAGCAAAACCAGGCUCAAACAAGGUUGGGAUUUUGAAAUGCGCACAUCCUUCCGAACGGAGGACGAAGAACCUGACGUUUUUCAUGGGAUGAUUCAUGAAUGAAAAUGGGAAAUCAACAACAUCUGGCUACAGGGACCUCUGUCCUGAAAACAUGGAUUUGGGAAAUAGCUUGACACGGUUUUAAGGAACCACAAGAGAAUGCAAAGCAGUUUCUCCAAAAUGAUCUUUAGCAGAUGAAUAGACUGUGGAGCAGUGCAAGGUCUUUUUUUUUUUUUUUGUAUACAG